AUAGACCCCCAGGUGUUUUUAAUUGCAGGACGUCCGGUGAUGAAGACGAUGACAACAGAACCAAACGGCCCGUUUGGCAGCGAAUAAAAGUUUUGCAACUAAGAUUUAAACUUUUAAAAUUAAUAUUAAGAAAGAAAUAAAUAAAAACAACAAGAACAACAACGAAAUAAUGGCUAUAAACGACUGUAAGGACGUCUCUCAUGUUCACGACAGCUGGCUGUACUCCUCUUGCUGGUCCUUGGCUUCCCACGCCACCAAGUAACAGGAAUUUGCGACGUGGAGGUUUGCGCCACCAAACCAGAAAGAUGUGCCUUGUCCAAAGACAAAACCACCUGUAAGUGCCUGGAAGGAUUUUAUGAUGACCACUGUGACAAAGAUGCACACAUCAAAGUAUUUUGCACUAAAAAGUACAUGGGUGUCAGAGCACGAGAGGAAUUCUUCUUGUACUACAACACGCCGGUCACGUCUUUGCACCUGCCCAAUAAAUCGUGCAAAGCGUACAGGGAAGUCAUCAACAAAGUUCCCUACUACAUGGUCAAGCUAGCCAAAAAUGAAUACAUCAGCUGUGGAGGCAAGUCGCUUGAGAAAAAUUUUACUCAUGUCACAUACACCCUUAGUCUUCAGUCAGAGCCUCAGGCCAUUGGAAACAUCAUCAGAGAUCCAGUCAUAAAGUUGGAUUUCACAUGCAUCUUUCCGUUCAUCAGAACAGUCAGCCUACCUUUUCCAAUUGAGCCCAUUUCCAGUGAGGCGAUGGUGCGCGUCGAUGAGUUGGAGGCGACCAUACAGAUAAUGCUGUACACGGAUCAUAGCUACACAACAGCCUUCAGCAGCGCCCCCACUGUGGAGCUGGGAGACCAGGUUUAUGUUGAGGUGGCCGUGACUGAUCCCGCAGACUUUUUCCUUCUCCGCAUAAACGACUGCUGGGCCACGCAGAGUCGGCAUGCCAAUGCCUCGGGGGGAUUGGUUCACAGCCUGAUUUGGAAUGGGUGUGUAACUGACGACACGGUUGUCUUCCACGGCCUGAACGAGGGAGAGUCUGGCCUCAAUGGGCAGAGCUCCACCAUUCACUACAGCUUUGCCAUGUUCCGCUUCAGUGUGGAGCCGCAUUUGUUCUAUCUGCACUGCACAGUGCAACUCUGUGACCCGGAUGACAGAAUAUCCUGCACUCCUAAUUGCAAGUCCAUCACUAAACGAGAAGCGGUGCACAUGGACCCCGCCCAAGGGCUCUUGUCAUAUGGGCCCAUCAGAAUUGAAACUCCAGAUAAACCUAGCUCUAACAUAAUGAUGACUGUGGUUCUCCCCGUGGCAGGCGUCUGGGCCGUGGGCUUCAUCCUCACCCUCCUCAUCGCGAUGGCAAGAGCCGGCAGUAGGAAGAUUGCAAAGACUGAGCAGGCCUGAUUGUUUCAAUAAAAUACUGAAAUAUUAUAUCUUUUUUAUUGUCAAAAAUCAGCAAGGCAAAAAUACGACUGAGUUUCACUUAAAUUAGUUGCUAUAGCAGGUGUGUCCAAACUUUUCUCCUUGGACCCCUUUCAGAAAAAUCAAAGGAUGUAAAAGUAAUCCUUCCCCUUUCAUUUGUUGAACAGGGCACCGGAAUCGGUUAAAAAUAUUGCGCUAUUAAAAUGUAUUUAUAGGCCGCCAUUGACGGCGACAGACGUCGAAUCCAUUUUGACUGGAAGGUAUGUUAGCGAUCGAAUUGGAUUGGGCUUUAUAACGGUCAAUGACAGAAGGCUGAUCACUCAAUGCCAGGCUUCCCAGUUGAAAUGGAUUUGUCUUAUUGUCAAUAGCAAUGACUGAGUUGAGGUUACCAGCAGCAAUAUAAUCCAGAGGUACUGUAAAGCAUAUUGCUAUAUAUGUAGUUUUAUAGAUUUUUACACUCUUGAAACUUUGCAGAGAAAAGAAAAUGUCCAGUGACAGCAGAAAAAAAAAGCUGAGAAAAUCGCAACCAAGAGAACACAAUUCAUCACAUUAGAUUAUUUAUUUUUUUAAGUUUUGGUGAAAACACUUCUACACUGGCCUGUGCUACAGCAAAUACAAAUGGGAUGGGUGGAUCUAUGUUUUUCUUUGGCUGCCAUUUAUUGCGAAUGACAUCUGUCAAUUAGGGCUGGCUUUGAAUGAGCAAACUGUUUCCUAUAAUUACAUGUUA